UAAUUGUUUCAGAAUUACUGACUAAAAAAAUAAUUAAGAUAGAUCCCCUUUUCAAAAAUAAAUCUAUAAGACUUGUGAUUUUGUACAUAAAUAUAUAUUCAACUGAAAAAAUGGCUGCAAGUAACAUGGAUUUAUUCGGCAAUGUCCCAGUACCAAUGGAUUUAGCUUGUGGUAUUAGCAACACUCCUGAUGGCAUUCCACCACAAUCAUUUCUUUCUUACACAAGUGACAAGCAUCCCAAACGUCUGCUUGAUAUUUUGAAUGGAUUACGCAAGAACAUGGAACUAUGGGAUGUGUGUCUUAUCAUUGGAAGUUCAAAGCUUUAUGCUCACCGCGUUGUACUGGCUGCAUGUUCACCUUAUUUUCGUGCAAUGUUCACUGGAGAAUUAGCGGAGAGUCGUCAAACUGAAGUUGCUAUUCGUGAUAUUGAAGAAAAAGCAAUGGAUUUGUUAAUAGAGUUUGCAUACACAUCUAGAAUUGUAGUAGAAGAAAACAAUGUGCAAUCAUUACUGCCUGCUGCCUGCCUACUACAAAUGGUUGAGAUACAACAAAUCUGUUGUGAAUUUCUUAAACGCCAACUUGAUCCUUCCAAUUGCCUUGGAAUUCGUGCUUUUGCCGAUACUCACGCUUGUCGAGACCUUUUGAGAGACGCAGAAAAGUUUGUUCAAAGUAAUUUUCAAGAUGUGAAAGAGAGUGAGGAGUUUCUUCUUCUUCCACCUCAACAACUAAUUGAAAUAAUCUCAUCUGAUGAUCUCAAUAUUCGUUCCGAGGAACAAGUUUAUUCUGCAAUACUCGCUUGGGUAAAAUUUAAUGUUGAAGAACGUCGUCCUAUUUUAUCACAAAUUCUACAGCAUGUUCGUCUCCCGUUAUUAUCACCAAAAUUUCUUGUCGGUGUUGUGGGUUCUGAACCUCUUAUUCGCUCAGAUGAACAGUGUCGCGACCUUCUCGAUGAAGCCAAAAAUUAUCUCUUAUUACCCCAAGAACGAUCAUUAAUGCAGGGACCAAGAACACGCCCACGUCGGCCAAUCACUAGAGACGCACUGUUUGCUGUUGGAGGCUGGUGUAGUGGUGACGCUAUCAGUUCUGUAGAGCGCUUUGAUCCUGAAACAAAAGAAUGGACUCUUGUUGCUCCAAUGAGUAAAAGAAGGUGUGGCGUGGGUGUUGCUGUACUCGACAAUCUGUUAUAUGCUGUUGGUGGCCAUGAUGGUACUUCAUAUUUAAACAGCGUUGAGAGAUACGAUCCACAAACAAAUCAAUGGUCAAGUGAUGUUGCUCCUACAAGCACAUGCAGAACGAGUGUAGGAGUUGCUGUUUUGGAUGGAUAUUUGUAUGCAGUAGGAGGACAAGAUGGAGUUUCGUGCUUGGAUAUUGUUGAAAGAUACGACCCAAAAACGAUCAGAUGGAGUAAAGUUGCAUCAAUGACUAUCAAACGAUUGGGUGUAGCAGUCGCAGUUUUGGGUGGAUAUUUAUAUGCAGUUGGUGGGUCAGAUGGCACUACCCCAUGGGACUUGGUAGAGCGUUAUGAUCCACGAGCGAACAAAUGGUCGGCAGUUGCGUCGAUGAGUACUGCAAGAAAACAUUUGGGAUGUGCUGUUUAUAAAGAAAUGCUCUAUGCUGUAGGUGGAAGAGAUGACACAACUGAAUUAAACAGUGUUGAAUGUUAUGAUCCAAAAACUAAUUCCUGGAGUACUGUUGUUGCAAUGAACUCUAGAAGAAGUGGUGUUGGGUUAGCAGUGGUCAAUGGCCAACUUCUUGCAGUUGGAGGUUUUGAUGGAUCGACUUAUCUCAAAUCGACUGAAGUUUUUGUUCCUGAGCAGAAUACAUGGAGGAUGUUUGGGGGAAUGCAUUAUAAAAGACUCGGAGGGGGUGUAGGGGUGAUCAGGCUACCCCAAAACUGAGAGAUCUCCAUAUUCUGGAUUUCUGUCCAAUCACUUGUUCUUUGCAAUAAUUUAUAUGAGUUCAAUGUCGAUAAUUGAUUUCAAUUAGGAGAGGGAUAUCCCUAUUCAUAAUAUUUUAAUAUUGGUAACGUGCAGUGUUAAAAAUGUUAAAUAAAACUGCUUCAAAAAGAUUGUUAACUACUUGGAAUCAAACAAUGAUCGGAUGUAUAAAAAAUCUGAUUAUCAGUAUUAGAAUUAUUCGAUCAGUUAAAAUAUCAAUGUCACGAUGAAAGCUUUGAAAUCGAAGAUAUGCACCUAAUAUUGUUUUCACAAAAUACCAUUUUCAAAAAGCUCAUGGAUCUUAUAAAAAAGAGGUUGUGGUUUAUUUGAACUGAAUCAAGAAAACUCUGCAUCCAUAUAAUGUGAGCUUCUGCUCCAUAUUUGUGUGAAUUCAUGUCUUGCACAAAACCUCUGGCGGAUACUUUAAUUAUUUUUUAAAUUUUUUUCUGUAUGGAUGAAACUUCUCUAAGUUGUAUUAGAAUUUGUUAAAAUGGUUGUUUGAUGUUCUUUCAAAACUGCUUGUUAUGUAUCCUAAUUAUCAUAUUCCUAUAAUCUGUAAGUAUUAUACUUACAAUCAAAUUAUUCCCUAUAUGUAAUACAAUAUAACAACUUUUUAAUGCAAGUACUUUGCUCAUAAACCUAAAAUUAUUGGACGAAGCCAUCGUUGCAUUGCUAGAAGUCAUCAUAUUAUACUAUAUGACAAGGCGAUACUUUGUUUAUAUUUCUUCAAUGUUUCUUUUAGCUCGAGGCUAGGUCAUUCAUUUAUUUUGGCAACAGCUGGCAGUGUAUUAUUACUUGAGUAACGAAUAAUCGAAGGUAUAAAAGUUUCUAAAAUACAAAUACCAUAGUCCUUUUAUAAUAUAUCAACUCCAUAUACUCAAAACACUAUUUAUUUGGAUUUUCAAAAUAACAAUUAUAUUAUUUGGGUGACCGAGAAGUACAUUCCCAUUCUUUCAAAGGCUGUUUCAAUGUCAGAUUGUUGUCCUUUAUGUUGACAAUUCACAGCUUAUUUAUAAAAUCCUCUCAAACGUUGCUUCCAUGUUAGAUUAUUGUCUUUUGUUGAUGUUGACAACUAUUUUUUUUUAUCAGUACCCAUGCAAAACUUUUAUGGUUCUAUUAUUGAUUGUAUGUGUAACUGUUCAAUAUUCCUGGUGAUGUAUAAAUGAUAUAGAAACUAGAUAAAAAUAAUUGUUUGAAAUUGAAUGUACAUUGUGACUGUCGUUGUUGGCUAGGGCUGUAUAUCUUAAUUUUUGAAAUCGAACAUAUUUUGUUAUUUUUUGAAAUUCAACAUUCUGAAUUACGUUGUUUGGAAUAAAGAUUUCAAAGGUUUAUUUAUUAAAUAUAAUAAUUAUCGUAAGUGUAGUUAUCAAUUUAUAGUUCAUUUUGGUCAAUCAAUGUUUUUUUUUAUAUUCCUUUGAAAUAAUAUAGAAUUCAUGUAUCGGUACCAACUGGUAUUCCCAAUAUUAUGAAUAGCAGCGUCAUAUUCUAUUUUUCAUUUUUUACAUAACAUAGAAAAUCCAAUUUUGAUUUUAAACAUAUCUUGCAAUAUUGGAGAAUUUUUUGCUUCAUUAUUUUUUAUGAAUUCAUGGCAUAGUGGUUAACAUGCCCCAUGCCUCCAACCAACCUUACACUUAAGUGUAAUGAAUUUGGCAUAUAUAUUGCCGGAUUAAAAAGAUCUCUGUCCCUCCAAAAAUAUAGAUGCUAGGUCUAAAUAUAUCAAUGAAUGCUUGUUUACAGCUCUGUUCAGAGCAAAGAAAGUGGUUUCAAUUUUACUAUAAACAAGAAAGCAAUGACCAACUUAUAUGCACACGAUUAUGACAAAUAAUAUUGUCGCCUGAAUUUCAAAACCAGAUAAAUUUGUGAUGAAAUAUCAGGCCCAAUAAGAUACAGAGAAAUUUUUAAAAAAUGAAAGUAACAGCUUUUUAGCAACUUCCAUCUUUAAUCACUGGAAAUUCAAAAUGAAUUGAUCUUUCAGUUGCAAAGAAAAACAUUUUUUUUUUCAACAACAACAAUCAAAACAUCCCAACAACAACAACAAUUAAGAGAAACGAUCUGAACAUCUUAAUUUUGUCCAAAAUUAUAUUUAAAUACUCAACGAGGCAUUUUGUGAAGUUUAUUUUAUGAAUGACCAAAAAAAUCCUUUUUCGGUUAUAAAUAUAGUAUUAUCCCAAUAGACUUGCAUGGCUCUGUCUCCCUAUUCAGUCUAGCUAUAAUUUCUAAGUGAAUAUCCCAUGGUUAUUGUAUUUUUAAUUGUCAUUCUGUAUUGAUUGUAAAAUUUGUAUUUUGUUGUCAUUAAAUACAG